UCGUUCCGCUCGGCAUCUCCUCACUUGUGCUCCGGAAUGUCGAGCGGCAUCAGGACGGCGGGGAAAAAUGAUCUAAGGAACUCGAUCCGGAAUCGCGGCGGAUGAGGAAUGGCCGCCAUCAUGAACCCGCAGUUCAUGAGUUUCUGCUUCCCGGGUUCGUCGAUGGACGGGGGUCUCCUGGGUGAGCCGGAGAAGGAAGAGGACUACAAGGAGACCACCAGGGAGCUGCUGAGCUUUAUGGACUCUGCCUCCAGUAACAUCAAGUUGGCCUUGGACAAGCCGGUCAAGUCCAAGAGGAAAGUCAACCACCGCAAGUAUCUGCAGAAGCAGAUCAAGAGGUGCACCGGGAUCGUCAACGUCACCGACGCGGCAGGGAAGGGCCACGGUUCCUCCGCCCCGGCGGGUAAGACCGUCCCCAAGCGCGACGGCGUCCAGGCCAGCUUGCAGAACCGCAGCCUGGCCGCCCUCUUCAGUCCCGCCAAGGAAAUCCGCGGUGAGAAAGCCAGGAAGCCACCCCUGCGCCACCGCAACCUGCCGCCUUCCUUCUUCACAGAACCGGCCAACUGCUCCAAGGUCAACCCGGUGGCAGGAAUGUCACUACGGGAACUGGAGCGGGCCAACCCGGAGGCGGCGGACUUCUUUGACCUUCUGGGACCCGAAUAUGUCGGCGUGGCAGCCGAGCAGGAACUUUACCAAAGUGUGCCCGGCCCAGACGCCACCGCCGCCGCCGCCUCCUGUGACGGGCACCACUUCGUCGGGGGUCUUCCUUACCCGGAGUCGUGGACUAGCUGCUCACCGCCGCUUGCCAGGAAGCUACCGACUCCCGCGCAGCCCCCGCUGUACCCCCACCCGGAGGCCGCCACCCCUGUGGGCGCAGAGGAUAACGCCCUGUGCUCGUUAGCCUUCUCUAACUUUUUCACAGACUGCUCCGUACCUCAGGUCAACUACGACUUAACUUGUGACUACAACAGGACUCAUUAUUCAUCUCUAUGAGAAAAUAAAAUUCUUGUCGAGGGGUCGGUUUUCAUCUUUGUGACAGAGUUUCGUUCUUAUGGCGACAAAUGAGUUUGAAGACAUUGUAGUAUGUCACUAACCCGUGCUAAAGUUAAGUUAUAAUAAUCACAGACGCCAUUUGUGUGCUAAUCAAUUUUAGAUAGAUUCGAAAUAUAAAACAAUAAAAUGAAAAAGAGUCAAUACAGCCUUAACUGAGGGUGCUGGCUCGUACUCGGUUCUUGAAACUUUGGAUGUGAGGACCCACUGUCAUGGCAGAACUCAGGAAUGAUUGAGGGUGUACGGGGGUAUUAAAAAGUAGCAU